GACGUGCACUUGCAAGCCUGUUCCAUUUACGUGUUCUCCGAAUGAUUAAGAGGAGCCUUGCCUAUCCUCUGAAGGAAGUGACUUGUAAGGACUAGUCCUGGAAGUAUCCUUGACAUUGAGAAACGGCCUAUAUAUGGAGAUGAUCUCGUACAUUAAGCAGCAAAUUUGAACAGAUAAGCAUUACAGUCCGGAUUGAGAUACUUCUGUGCAGGUGUAUUUCGUCUUUGGUCUGCAGAUCUCAUUUAUUGCUCACUGUCAAUUCACAAUUAGCAACAAUGAGACCAUUUCAAAGACACAGAACAUUCUUUUCUGAGCCAAUGGGGGACAAAUCUGUUAACACACUUCCUGGAAUUGGUCCUGUGUUGGCUGAACGACUUGAAAAGAUUGGAAUAAGAAGAGCAUAUGAGGUCCUGGGUCGUUUCCUGGUCUUGCAGUCGGAUGAGUGGAAGUUUAAGAGCUGGCUUAGAGAUGCAUGUGGAGCAAAUGCAAAGCAACAAAGUGAUUGUUACAACUGUCUGAGGGAAUGGACAGAUCAUUUUUUGUAAAGUCGACAAAACUUGUUGCCUUUCAUGUUAAUGUUAUUUAUAUAAGCUUCUGCAACUGUAAGGUUGCGUCUUAUAAAUGUGCCUUUAUCUUUACUGCAUAUAUGGCUUUAGUAAGGAAACACAUGUUUAUGUUUACGUCACAUAAUAAGAACAAAUAAUGCAGCACAGUGCAAAAUUAUUUGUAUUCUUAUCUUGUUUAUAUUAUUUAUCAAUAUUAUUAUAUCAUAUAAUAUAAUGUAUAUUAUUUAUUAAUAAUAUAUUAAUAUGAUAUAAUAUAUUAAUAAUGUAUAUAACCUGUAAUUUGUGGUAAGGCUUAGCAGUGGCUUAAAGAAUAAAGAUUAGACAAAUAUUUAACUUCUUUUUCAUAAUAUUGAUUUGUAAUGCUUUUAUCAGCCACAAAGUUACCAUUCAGUUACCUUCAUUUAGGACUUUUCUCAUUAAAUACUAGUGGUGGAAAGUAACGAAUUACAUUUACUCACGUUACUGUAAUUGAGUAGUUUUUGUGUACUUUUACUUUUUUGAGUAUUUUUUAAAACCUGUACUUUUACUUUUACUUAAGUAUGUUUUCCCUUACGAAAAUUAACCAUGGUUUUACUACAGUUAAGACCAAAAAACCAUGGUUACUGUAGUAAAACAAUGGUUACCAUGGCUUUUAUUAAAGGGAUAGUU